UGAUAAUUCUAUCUGGUGUCGGUUCCCAGUGCGCAGCCGCAGCCCGGGUGACGAAGAUGGUGCUCAUCAAGGAAUACCGUGUAGUGUUGCCGGUCUCUGUGGAAGAGUAUCAAGUAGGACAGUUGUACUCUGUGGCUGAGGCCAGCAAGAAUGAGACAGGAGGAGGAGAAGGCAUCGAGGUGCUGAAGAACGAACCCUACGAGAAGGAUGGAGAGAAGGGACAAUACACACAUAAAAUAUACCAUCUAAAGAGUAAAGUCCCAGGGUACGUGAAGAUGAUUGCACCAGAGGGAGCAUUAGUUUUUCAUGAAAAGGCUUGGAACGCCUACCCAUACUGUCGCACCAUUGUGACGAAUGAGUACAUGAAGGACGACUUUAUGAUAAAGAUUGAGACGUGGCACAAACCUGACAUGGGAACAGUAGAAAAUGUUCAUGACCUGGACGAGCAGACGUGGAGGACUGUGGAGGUGGUUCCCAUAGAUAUUGCAAGCAAAGACGAAGUGGCCCCUGGGGACUAUAAGCCAGAGGAAGAUCCUGCUCUUUUCCACUCUGCCAAGACAGACAGAGGACCUCUAGGCCCUGAAUGGAAGAACGAGCUGAAGACAGACUGUCCUUACAUGUGUGCAUACAAACUGGUCACGGUCAAGUUCAGAUGGUGGGGUCUGCAGACCAAAGUGGAGAACUUCAUCCACAGGCAAGAAAAGCGUAUUUUCACCAACUUCCACCGUCAGCUGUUCUGCUGGAUCGACAAGUGGGUGGGUUUGACCAUGGAGGACAUCAGGCGGAUGGAAGAAGAGACUCAGAAAGAGCUGGAGGAGAUGCGUCAGAAGGGAGAUGUGCGAGGCACCUCUGCAACAGACGAGUAGAGGCCCGUCACUGUAGGGUCAAACACUAGAGGCAGGCUGACUGCGUAAAACAGGUCCGAUUCGAGGCACCAGUGCUGCUCAUGAGCAAUGAGGCAAAUCAACCAAACCCUGUCACGAUGACGUCAUCCGAGACACGCCCACCACCACGAGGAAGUGGCCCCGACGUCGCCUCUUCUCUUCCUGUCUCACAUGAUUCAUUGGGGGGUUUGACACGAUUGGUUAACAGUACUGUACAGAUCCUACCCCAAUCACACGCCUCCUGUUCACCCAGAAAAACAAAAAAAACAUGGUUUUGCAUACAUUUAAAAAGAAAAAAAAAACUCUUUGCACAGAACGUAAAUUGCCUGAUAUGUAAUUGUUAGUUGAUUAUUACAAUGGGCUUUGUUUUUAUUCAGGUGUGUAAACCGUGACUCAGAAAGUCAAGCCUUUUAAAUUCAUUAGAAUGUUGUUUUUAGAGAAACAGACUCCCACACAAAUUGGUAUACGAUGACUUUAGCAGGUAUUGGACCAUUUAUCUCCCUCCCCCCUCCCAUGUAUUAUAACUGUCUGUCUCUUCUUUAAUCCUCGUCUCCCCCCUCAGUAUUGUCCAUAUUCUCGUCCUGAUAAAACUUGUCUAGACCCCCCCCCCCGUGUCUCUCUGUCCCCUCUGUCUGGCAGUCAGUCGGGAACACUGAUGUUUCUGUUUUUCUUUUGUUUUAGUUUUAAUAUGUGAGGCUGAUCCAUGCCUGUCGAUGGUUCAAAGCAAAUCUAAUGCUCAUGCAUGAUAGGUAAUUCUUUGCUAUUGUUUUCCCCUCACAUGCACACCUGUCCCACACUUCGACAUGCACACCCGCCCCCUCCCCUCCCCCUCCUCCGUCACAAGUGCAUGUGGACAACAGCAACUCCUCAGUAAACUGUCAUUGCAUGUGUAUAGUCGCUGCAGUGCAGCUUCGCUCAAGUGGAUUGUUUGUGUUGAUUAGAGAGAGGGUGCGCGCCCUCUACGAGAGUCUGUACAAUACACCUGUGUGUUAGUGUGUGCAUUUGUGUGCUUGUUUGUGUUAUCAGCUGCCUUCACUCUUAAAGGACUGUCGCUCUGGGGACUGAGAUGGAGAACGUUCAGCUUAAUAUCGAGGCUUGUGAGUGUUGUGUGCACACAGCUGUGCUCUCGCUCCACGAGCGCCCUGUUGAACUUUGCCUCAUGCUGUCGCUGCAUGUCCUUUCUCCUUGGCUAGGGCUUUAACUGGAGGGCUCCCACUGCCUCUCCACACAAGCUUUUCUCUUUCUUCUUCUUUUCUUUUUUAAAAAACAAACUAAAACAAAUGAGGAUGAGUCUGUGCGUUGCUGCGUGCAUGAAUCAAGGUAGUUUUUUUAUAUCUUUCUCAAACUACCGUUUCCUCUCUCGACUGACGGAGCAAAUGGGUCCAGGCAGAUCUGCAGUGUUUGUUGCAGCGGUGGAUUGACAAGCAUUUUGUCUAGUUUUAAUUUUUUAUUUUCAACAUGUAUAGUGAUGUUUUUAAGCUUUUCAUCAACCUUAACUACAGGAACGCAUGAGGUCAACCUGAACAUUUCUUGACUGUUUCUAGUUACGGAUGAAAUGGCUUCAGCAAAAGUUAAAUGAAGUGGACUCUUCUGGUUUAGAUGGUGGGUGAUCUAGUGCGAGCCCUGAUCUGAGAACAGGUGCUGUCUUUAUCCUGCUCUCUUUCACGCAUCGCUGCUUUUCUCUCGUGGCUGCAUUGAAGUGGAGGUCGCAGCCGUUCUAUCACGUCUUUAUUUGGAGCUGGUGCAGAUCUCGUUGGGCUCUAGGUGACAGUAUUUUGUGAUGUUUUAUAGAAUCAUGACGUAGCUUAGUGCCGUUUUCCAGCUGUGAGUGCGACUGUUUAUUCGAUCAGGUGUGACUGUCUCCAAAAUUCUUAGGUUUUGUCGUAACCUAUGUGUGUGUGGUCUGUGUUGGACAGAGAGUUAUAAGUGUACUUUAUAAUAGAAUGGACAAACUGUACAUACAAACACUGACUUGAAUGGGACGUUCACAGCUACUAGGCGUCGUCAGGUCCAUCAUUCAACACUGUACUGCUAACAGUAACUUUAAGGAAGUUGUGAUGUUGUCGGAGCAGGUGAUGUCAGCUCUGUGGACAGUGUGCUGUGUGUGAGUGUGUGUGUGUGAAGUGGAGCAAACUGUCCACGUGUUGUUGCUCAUAUACCGUGGUUUAACUGUACCUCAUCCAUGCUUACGAAUGUACAGCUAGGAAAUAGAUGUGUCAAACUAUGCAGGACGUUUCUGUGCUGACAUGUUUCACACCUGCACAAGCAUGACAUGGACCCAUGAUAUCACCAACACACGAGGACAAAGUGGAUUCACUAAAACUAGAUUUGAUCUGCAUGCUCAACACUUUUUGUAUUCUUUACAUUUCUCCCUUUCUUUUCUCUGGGUUACUCUCGUUUAUGUUUGAUCAGUACAUCAGUGCUUUUGAGAAGCUCUUGAACUGCGUCAGACGAGAAGGGAAAUCCCUUUUUAAAAAGGGGGGGGCGGCUUCUCCUCACCAUCAAACUGGACUCAGCUCGACCUCAGAUUUACCCACGAGGAGUGAAAGGCCUGACUCGAGUUUGACGAUGACGGGAGUCGCCCCGUAGACUAGAACAGGCUGUGUGAUGUACAGUUUUGUAGCAUUACCAGUGAUGCCAGCCAGGGUAUGACUGUGAGGGGAGGAAUAGACGCUUAGGGAACAGAUGGAGUCCAAAAUACUGUUUUCUUUAUUGUAAUCAUGAAUAAGCACUUGCAAAAUCUACUGUUUUUUUUUUCUUUUAUGUUUUCUUUUCUUGUUUUUGAAAGACAAAGAUUCACAAUGUAUUCAAUUUUCUCUUUUCUGAUAAGGCAAAAUUCAGGGGAAUUAGUAGUGAAUGUAAUACAGUUAGUUCCUUUUUUUUUCUUUUUCACGGCGUUCAGGCUGUGACAGAAGGUCUAGACAAUGGAACAUAAUAUCUAAUAAAUUUGAACAAAUAAGAGAA